UUCCUCUUCCGGCUGAACAGCGCGCCCGCUCCUGCCGACGUAUUCUUCCUGUGGCUGAGCGGCAGAUAACCCUGUGUCCGGCGAAAUGGAGCUUGAGGCCAUGAGCAGAUACACCAGUCCAGUGAACCCGGCUGUCUUUCCACAUCUGACCGUGGUGCUGUUGGCCAUUGGCAUGUUCUUCACCGCCUGGUUCUUCGUUUAUGAGGUCACCUCCACCAAAUACACUCGGGAUAUCUACAAAGAGCUCCUCAUCUCUUUGGUGGCCUCACUCUUCAUGGGCUUCGGCGUGCUCUUCCUGCUGCUCUGGGUCGGCAUCUACGUGUGAGCUCCCAAGGGUACCAGCCAGGCGGCUUCACUGAAUCCCUGCUUUUGUAAAUCAGUUGUUUUUACCAUGCCGGAAGUGUCCCACCUGCUGCUCACAAUAAAGGCAGAUGUGUGA